UUAAACUCGUCAAAAAAAGGUAAAAAAACCCUAAAAUAACAAAAAUCAGCAUCCCCUCCAUAAAAUCGAAUAACAAAAAUUUUCAGCCGCUACCGUUUUGAACUCUAACUUGCCGGAAAAACCCGCCGGAGUUAAUCUUCAGCCACCAGAAACAGUUAUAAAGCUGCCGGAGUUUGACAUAGACAAAUGGGAACAAGAAACUUUGUAUGGAAUUUCACCAAAAAAUUCGUGACAUUUGGUCUCAUUACUGUCACUGUCUCUGAUCGUUAUGUAACUGUUGUUCCUGUUCGUGGUGGCUCUAUGUCUCCUACUUUUAACCCUAAAAGUGAUUCUUUCACAGAUGAUUAUGUUUUGGUGGAGAAGUUUUGCCUUCAGAAGUAUAAGUUUUCACAUGGAGAUAUCGUGAUUUUCCGUUCACCAUCAAAUUACAAGGAGACGCACAUAAAGAGAAUAAUUGCAUUACCUGGUGAGUGGUUUGUUAGUCGUCAUGACCAAGAUGUACAUAAGAUUCCAGAGGGACAUUGUUGGGUCGAGGGAGACAAUGCAGCUUCUAGCACGGAUUCAAAAUCAUAUGGACCUGUUCCUUUGGGUCUAGUAAGAGGAAGGGUUACCCAUGUUGUGUGGCCUCCGCAAAGAAUAGGAGCUGUCAAGAAUACUAAUACACCAGACAAAUUACCUUCUUCAUAGUUGGAUCCUGAUGCUAUUGUCUAACCUUUCAAAGAUUAGGUGCCAUGAAAAGAAUGUCACACCAGAAGUAUAUUAUCUUUUGAUCUCUAAUGUUGUUCCUUUGAUGAGAAAAUCAUUAUUUACUCAAUUGGUCAUUGUGGAGAGAAGUUACCAACCCAUUUGUUGAUUGGAUUUGUAUAAACCAUGAACCUUUAAAUUUUGAUUAUAUUCUAAGCAA